AUGGCGGCCAGAUUCGCAUUCAACCCGCAUGCGAUUUCUCCAGACUCGAGCGAAGAUGAAUCCAGCAGUAGGGACGAGGGUACAGACUCAACCGAGUCAGACGAAGAUACCGUAGACGAGAUCGUUCAUAUCAAUGGGGACAUCACCAACGCGGCGAAAGCCUGGAACAUGCCAGAGGAAGAACUUCAUGAGAUGAUCCAAGCGACUCAACGUGUAUCGGAUACUAUCAACGUCGUACCAAUCAAGAGGGGGGACAUACCAGAUCCACAUGUUUUGCAAAGGACAAUGGACAAGGAGGGACUCCGAUUGAGACUUGAUGGCUAUGACAAAUGGAUCAAGGCCAGCAAGGAAGAGACGCCUUGUUCAUUGUUGGAUCUUCUGGUGAACGAAUAUCGAUCAGGAAAUCAACAACAAACCAACCAUGAUGCCCUUCUUGGGAGUUUCUCGUCCGUCCUCUUUUCAACGCAUUCUGCGGUACUGGAGGCAAUAUUGGAAGGCAACAUCUCGCAGAAAUACUUCACAGACCCCUCGACCAGAUCUGUGUUGGAUUUCCUUUCGGCAGAGUCAGCUGCACACCGAGUGAGACCAGGUAUCUACUGCAACGCCAUCGGUUCGGCAAAUACUGGAGAGUUUUUGACUAUCGAGGAACUCGAGAACACACUGAGAUUGAUGAAGAUCUACCUCGAUGGAACGGACGAUGACCAAAUCAAGAAGAUUGACAACGCCAUGUCCCGACAGUACAAACUAGGAAAACGAAGAUAUAUUGAGAACAAUCGAGCUGCAUGUCAAAUCCGCAUCUUCAUCAACGCGACCAAGGCAAGGAUUGCCGUGAUUGCAAGGAGUCUGGAUCCGCGUUCUCCCCUACCCCUUUCGAUUCUGGAGUUCGGAUACGGAGUAGAUGUCGAGAACCGACUUGCAGCUCAUCGCCGUCAUGAGAGUUCCAAUUACAUCAUGAAUCUUUUCCAGACUUGUUGUCAAAUCCUAUUUCCCGGAAAGUACAGAUUGCAUCAUGGAACACACAGAGAGACUGGCAAGAUCUUUGCCUGA